ACGCGUACGAGUGAAAGGAACCGAGGCACACAGAAUAAUACGUAAGAUUCACUUCAAGGUUUCCUCUGACGCCAUUUUUGUGGUGAGAGCACCCCAUAGAACAUAUUAGAAAAAAGCGCAAUUUCAAACUGCAAUCCUGUGCACGUUUACUCAUAAGGAAGACCUACUGCGUUUAAUGGAACUUCCUCCUAACUAAAUGAGCUAGUGGUGGGAGACACUAGUGGCAAACUAUUCAUAUACAAGAAUGAUGAAAGCAAGCCUUGGACUGUGCGCUCAUGUCAAGGAAUGCUCACCUGUGUUGGUGUUGGGGAUGUGUGUAAUAAAGGAAAGAACUUAGUUGUUGCAGUGAGUGCUGAAGGUUGGUUUCAUCUCUUUGACCUCAGUCCAUCCUCAAAGCACCUGGAUGCUUUGGGUCACCACGAGCUCCCAACAGCAGAUGACCAAAAGCUGGGAUUCAAGCAGCACAUUCCUGCCAACACAAAAGUUAUGCUGAUCAGUGACAUUGAUGGAGAUGGAAAGAGUGAAUUGGUGGUGGGUUAUACAGACCGUGUGGUGCGAGCCUUUCGCUGGGAAGACUCAUCUGAGAGUUCAGAGUAUAUCACUGGACAAUUGGUGCUACUCAAAAAAUGGUUACUGGAGGGACAGGUGGAUAGUCUGUCUGUAAAUCCAGGCUGUGAUGGUGCUCCAGAGAUGAUGGUGUCCCAGCCUGGGUGUGGUUAUGCGAUCUUACUCUGUACUUGGAAAUCAGAACAGCAGCCUCCGACAGAGAGGAUAGACAGUUUGGCAACUAGCAGGGAAGCCCCAGUCAGGGAUGUCAUUCUCCGUCAAACAUCAGGUAGAAUUCACAACAAGAAUGUUUCAACUCACCUCAUUGGCAGCAUCGGCAGAGGAUGUUCCAAAAAGCACAGUGGCUCAGGGCUGUUUGCACUCUGCACUUUGGAUGGGACACUGAAACUGAUGGAAGGGGCAGAUAAGCUACUGUGGUCAGUGCAGGUUGACCACCAACUUUUUGCUUUAGAAAAACUGGAUGUUACUGGAAAUGGCCAUGAAGAGGUGAUUGCUUGUGCUUGGGAUGGACAGACAUAUAUCAUAGACCAUGGCCGGACUGUGGCUAGGUUCCAAGUAGAUGAAAAUGUGAGCGCCUUCUGUGCAGGUCUCUAUGCCUGCAAAGGAGGCUUCAAUAGCCCUUGUUUGGUAUACGUCAGUUUCAACCAAAAGAUCUACAUCUAUUGGGAUGUGCAGUUGGAGAGGAUGGAAUCCACCAAUUUGCUGAAGAUACUAGAGAGCAACUCUGAAUACAAAGAUCUCUUGCUCCAGCUGGGUGUGGCUAGAGGUGAUGUUUCUGUUGUCAAAGAUCUGAUUCACAAGACGCUCUACUUUCCAGAGGAGCAUCUAAACAGCACUUCUCAAUUCAUGCUCCCAUCCAGAACAUCCUCCUCCAGUGGUCACCCUAUUACCCAAGACACCUUAUGAGCUGCUAGCACAUACUUAAACGGUCAACAAACAGCUCUGCUUCUCAUAUCCUCUCAGUGCUUGCUAUCCUUCUUGCAUCAAACUUAGUCUGCUCCUUCCUUUGUGCAAAUUAAGCCGUGUUAAGAACCAGGCCUCUAAAGCUUGCAAUGAAGGGGUGGAGUAGCAGCACUGAUCCUCAAGUGAAGCUACUAGCCAAAGUCAAUGUAAUGGGAAAUGCCUUUUCCAACUUUCUUAUUGCUAUUGUUACUUUCUCAUCAAUCACUUUAUCUUCUAUCCAGAAUGCUGUUUUGCCAAAGUACAAGGACGAAAGCAGCAGAAUAAAUAUAGCAAACUCUGCUUCUUUGUACAGCACUGCUAAUCCAAAGGCGAUAGACCAGCAGAUGGUAGUAAAGUGGGGUGUGUGGGAGAAAAAUAGUUCCAAACCAGAAGUUAUACUCCAUUUCAUGCCAUUAAAGAAUUGACAGCCAAUUCACAAAAUGCUGUUGGGUUUAAGUAGUUUUCUUUCUGCUGAAAACUUCAAUAAAGAUAUCUUUAAAAGAUCCAA